AUGGAUUUCCUACUUCCCAAUCUGUCCGUUGUGUUAUUUGGAAACUCUUCAUCAGUCCAGUUUGGACAGGAAAACGUUCUACUAGGAGAAAAACAGAUGAAUAUGGAAAAUACAGAAAUAUUCAAGAUUGUUCCUUUUCAGAGGAAGAUAUCAGAACGUCACGUAUCUGUGAUCAACAUGGCUGGCUUACAUGAGACUGAAAAUUUGGAUAAUCUCGUUGAUCAAAUACUGAAUGAAAAUGAAAUCCACGCUUUCAUCUUUGUUGUGCGACUGAGCCAGUUAACAGAUGCUGAUAAGAUGGGUCUAGAAUGGCUUCAGAGAGUGUUUGGAGACAAUGUUUUUCAGUUUGUGAUCAUUCUCUUUACCUAUGAAAGAGAAGAAGAGUGUGACACAAUAAUAGAUGAUCUGAAGAACAACCCUGUUCUGGAGCAGCUGGUGGAGAAAUGUGGAGGAAGAUAUCACACCUGCAACAUGAUGAUGAACAACCAAUCAGAGAUGAGAGAGCUGAUGGACAAGAUUGAACGUCUGUUUAAUGAGAAUAAACAGCAGUGCUACACUGGAGACAUGAACAACACAGUGUUACAAAGGCAAAAACAAAACAAAAAUGGUAAAUUCAUAAUCAAGAAAGAAAACAUGGAACGCAUCACUACAAGUGUGAGGAGACAUGAACACAAGGUAUGUGCUGGCUGAAUUUUAACUGUGUAAUAAAUGCACAAUGUCAAAAUGAAACACUUUAAACAUUUAUGUUGAAUAAAACCUGAAUAAAGGGUGAGAUUAGAUUAUUCAAUAUUUCUUUAUAACAUUUUAUCUGUUUUAGAACAAACAUUUGAGAUGCAAAAUUGAU